AAUAGAAGUGCAGGUCCAAUGAGCAGCCUUUCAAAUUAGAGUUAUCCAUUGCUCUUCUACAAGGCAUGCAAAAUAUGAAUAAAGAAAAUGCAACUGCUGCCAAAGUUGAAGAGCCUACUUCAAGAAUCACAAGAGCACGAGCUAAAGCCUUGGGGAUUUCAGGAGGGGUAUUCCCCUCUGCAAAACCUACCAUUAAACCAGACCAGAAGCAUGCUCAUAAAGUGAAUUCCAAAAGAGCUGCCGACGAGAACAAAGCUUCUACGACUGCCACCUCUGGCCUGCAGCAUAAAAGAAGGGCAGUGCUUAAAGAUGUUACUAACAUCAGUGAAAAUUCAAACGUCAACUGCAACAAUGUUGCUAAAGUUCAGUCUACCAAGGUGGCUGCCAGUGGUCCUCCAAAGAAGAUAGCAAAGGUGGCUGCAGACGUCUCUGUAGAAAUCAUACCUGCUGAAGAUGAUGUGAAGUCAAAGUUAGCUGAAGAAUUAUCCAAAAUAAGGAUGGUGGAACCACAAGAAAUCAGUCUGCCAGCUACAUUGAAAGAAAGAGAGCCAGUCAAACUGAGCAUUUGUCACAACACUGAUGAUUGUAGCGAAGCAGAUAUGAUUCUUUCAGCAGACGUUAGACUCAAAAGCCCUCAAAAGAAAGAAGAAGACAAGUUGUGCCAGGACCUGCAAUCAAAUGAUCCAUGCAUUAUUAAUAUUGAUGCAAACUUGAAAGAUCCUCAAGUGUGCAGCUUGUAUGCCCCUGAUAUAUACAAUAGAACACGUGUCAAAGAGCUUGACCAAAGACCUACAACUACUUAUAUGGAAAAUUUGCAGCAAGAUAUCACUUCAAACAUGCGGGGAAUUCUCAUUGAUUGGCUUGUGGAGGUUUCUGAAGAAUAUAAACUGGUUCCAGACACACUAUACCUCACCGUUAAUCUCAUUGAUCGGUUUCUCUCCCAAAAUUAUAUACAGAAACAAAGACUUCAGCUGCUUGGUGUUGCUUGCAUGCUAAUUGCCUCAAAGUACGAAGAAAUCUGUGCACCACGAGUGGAAGAAUUUUGCUUCAUCACAGAUAAUACUUACACAAAAGGAGAGGUGUUAGAAAUGGAGAGUCGAGUUUUAAAUUUCUUGCACUUUCAAUUAUCUGUUCCCACCGCAAAAACAUUUCUCAGGAGAUACAUUCAAGCAGCACAGGCUUCUUAUACGGUUUCCUGUCUGGAACUUGAAUUCUUGGCAAAUUAUCUAGCAGAGUUGACUCUUGUUGAAUAUGAAUUCCUAAAGUUUCUUCCUUCCCUCGUAGCUGCAUCUGCUGUUUUCCUUGCCAGAUGGACCCUCAAUCAAUCAGAGCACCCAUGGAAUCCAACCCUAGAGCACUAUACUAGCUAUAAGGCAUCAGAACUGAAGUGUACAGUACUUGCAUUAGAAGAUUUGCAGAUGAAUACUAAUGGUUGCUCGCUCAAUGCUAUACGAGAAAAGUACAGACAGCAAAAGUUCAAGAGUGUGGCGACUUUGACCCCAACAGAGCGAGUUCUAUCACUUUUCUGAAGAUGAACAAAAGCCGAUGAAUUAAGUAAAUUUCAGCUGACAAAAGCUCUUCCAUACUGAUAAUUGAGUGUUAAAGGGUGAUCCUGAUCCCCAUCAUAACACUUUUACCUUUUAAUUUAAAAACUAUGGUCUGUGUUUAUGGUUGUUGCAACUGUAACAUGUCAUCCUGUUCUUCUGGUGGUUCCAGAUCAAAAUUGUAACAUUUUAAUUGUUAGAGUGUGACACAUUUAGACAAUAAUUUUUCACAAUCCUCCCCUGCCUUUGGGAAGUCUUAACACCUGAGUUACAAGUAGGCAUUGCGGAUGUAGCUAUUCCAAAUAGUACUUUGUAUCUAAACCUUGAUCAAUCAUA